ACCAGAAGGAAGUGACGAAUGUACACUUCUGCAAAUUCCAUGGAAACGGCGUACUGCGCUUGCAACGACGCCAAUGUUAGUGCAAAGGGAGGAAAAUCACUGACAUUCACUCCACAACAAUUAAACAAAUAACGUUGCUGUGGCGCUACAUAUCAUACAUACCCUGUUAUUCAGUAUUUACGUUCUCCCAAACUGAAACCAAGCUGGUCAAUCAUGCUCCGUACUCCUGAUGCAAGGGCAAGAGACAGCCAAACGAGGCAGAUUCAGGACAACGUCACCAAUGUGGAGAAGCACUUCGGGGAGCUAUGCCAGUUGUUCGCUGCCUAUGUGCGCAAAACAGCAAGACUUCGCGACAAAGCAGAUCUGCUUGUGAGAGAAAUCAGUUUGUAUGCAGACACUGAAACGCCACAUCUGAAGAAUGGCUUGAAGCACUUUGCUGACCAACUUUCCAAAGUUCAGGAUUAUCGUCAAGCAGAGGUGGAAAGGCUUGAAGCCAAAGUCAUAGAACCUUUGAAAAGCUAUGGAACCAUUGUGAAAUUGAAAAGGGAGGACUUGAAAGCCACACAGGCUGCAAGGAACCGGGAGGCCAAACAGAUGCAGCAGCUGGAGAGGAUGAGGCAGAGGAACCCCUCAGACCGACAGAUCAUCUCUCAGGCUGAAAGUGAACUUCAGAGAGCCACAAUGGAUGCCACACGCACUACUCGGCAGCUGGAAGAGACAAUUGAUGAGUUUGAAAAGCAGAAAAUAAGGGACAUCAAGAAAAUCUUUGGUGAAUUUGUGACGGUUGAGAUGACAUUCCAUGCGAAAGCUUUGGAGGUUUACACGAAUGCUUACCAGCACAUGCAGAACGUGGACGAGGAGCAGGACUUGGAGGUUUUCAGGAGCUGGCUGCAUCCCCCUGACUACCAGUCUCGGUUAGAAAUAGUUCGUGCUAAUUCCAAAACAUCACUGAAUCGGACUGGUUCAACCCUGAGUAAAUCAGGGACCUUGCAGCAACCAAGGACCCCGAUCCAGCAGAGGAACAUAGAGGAUGAUGAAGAUGACGACGAAGAGGAAGAUGACGAUGACGAUCUUGAAGAUGUCACAGACGAUGACGAUUAAUCCCAAACGUGUAUUUGAACCGAAUCGCCAGAUGUAUUUUGAAGCCGUUUGUAUUUUAUUCUGUGCAUAAUCUAGGAGUAUUCCUGCAUAUCAUACAGUGUUUUAUCUCUGGGCACACCUUGACGUAAUAAACUUUAUAUUCUUCCAAAA